CAUUGACUAAACCAAAACAUUAAUUAGACAGCCACAAAAACCAUAGUAAAUGAAGAACAAGCUUCCUUAUCAGCUCUGUUUCUUACCAUUUUUUUUCCAUUUGUUUCCACCAUUAAAGUGGCACUCUUAUUCAAAAGCUUUUUCAGAUUCUCCAUUAUCAAAUCUUUGAAGAUUCAUCGAUCUGUUUAUCUGUGAAGCAUGAUCCAGAUCCGACUCAGAUAUCUCUUCAACAGCUUCUUCUUCAAUAGGGGAUUUUCUUCACAUGUUGGAAGGCUUGAAGGGAAGAUAGCCCUGAUAACAGGAGCAGCAAGUGGUAUUGGAAAGGCAACUGCAGGAAAAUUUAUAAGUAAUGGAGCCAAAGUUGUAAUAGCUGACAUCAAUGAAAAACUUGGACAAGAAACAGUCAAACAAUUAGGACCAAAUGCAACUUUCAUCCCUUGUGAUGUCACUAAAGAGUCCAAUGUCUCUGAUGCAGUAGAUUUCACUCUCUCCCUUCACAAAAAGCUUGACAUCAUGUACAACAAUGCUGGAAUUGCUUGCAACACUCCUCCAAGCAUCUUGGACCUCGACCUUGCUGUCUUCGAUAAAGUUAUGAACAUCAAUGUUCGUGGUGUCUUGGCUGGUAUCAAACAUGCCUCUCGUGUCAUGAUCCCUCAACGAUCAGGCUCGAUUCUCUGCACGGCUAGCAUUACGGGACUCAUGGGUGGACUAGCUCAGCAUACGUACUCUGUGUCGAAGGUUGCAGUUAUAGGUAUUGUCAAGUCGUUGGCAUCGGAGUUGUGUAAGUAUGGUAUUCGAGUUAACUGUAUAUCGCCGUUUCCGAUCCCAACACCGUUUGUUAUCGAGGAAAUGACUCGGCUUUUUCCUUGUGUUGAAAAGGAGAAACUUGAGAAGAUGAUAUUUGAUUUGAGUGCUUUGGAAGGAACAGUUUGUGAAACCAAUGAUAUAGCUAAUGCUGCCCUUUAUCUUGCAUCUGAUGAUGCCAAGUAUGUAAGUGGCCACAAUUUGGUGGUUGAUGGUGCCUUUACUUGUUUCAAGAGUUUAAACUUUCCUCUGCCUGAUCAGAAGCCAAUUCUCCAAGAGGAUUCUUGAAAACCCAGUUGUUUUGGUCAUUUGUUGUUGUAUGAUUUAUACAGGAAGAAAAGGUUAAAUCAUACCGAAUAAAUGAAAUUUAUUUUAACUUCUGAAA